UUUACUCUUAGUUCAUGUCAAGUUAGAUCAAGUUAUCUUUUAUGUUUGUUAUUAUGGGUUUUAUUUUUUUCAGUAGUUGUCGCUUUCUCCACAUGCAAAGCGUCCAACAUUCCUGCUGUAACCAGGACUACUGCUACUUCCUGGUUUUCCAGGUGUUUCUUGAGAUCAAUGAGGGCUUUUGUCAAAAAUGGCUUUCGUGUCGUGGAAGGAGAUUGUUCUUUUGACUGGGCUGGUGGCGGGAUGCUACUGGAACAGUCUGUCAUGUGGGUUUGUGUUUGAUGAUGUGUCUGCAAUCCUGGACAACAAGGACCUUCGGCCCACAACCCCUCUUCGCAACCUUUUCCUCAAUGACUUUUGGGGAACUCCUAUGACUGAGGAGCGAAGCCAUAAAUCCUACAGACCCCUGACAGUACUCACAUUCCGACUGAACUACCUCUUCAGUGAGCUCAGUGCAGCUUCCUACCACCUGCUCAAUGUCGUCUUACACGCCGUCGUAUGCGUGCUCUUCCUGCGCGUUUGCCGGCUAUUCCUGGAUAAGACAUCCGGUUUGGUGGCGGCUUUGAUGUUUGCUGUACAUCCCAUCCACACCGAGGCUGUCACUGGAGUGGUUGGUAGAGCUGAACUUCUGUCCUCCAUCUUUCUUCUGGCUGCUUUCUUGUCUUAUACAAAAUCAACAAGUGCAGAUCAUUCUAUUGUGUGGACUCCCAUUGCUCUGACUGUUGUGCUUGUGGCUGCAGCAACACUAUGCAAAGAGCAGGGGAUCACAGUGGUCGGCAUCUGUUGUGUUUAUGAAGUGUUUAUUGCACAAGGGUUUACUCUACCCAUGCUCAUAGACACUUUGCGGCAAAUCCUGAGAGGUAAAGAUGGUUUCCCGUACGCUGUCCUGCAAACGCUGCUGAAGCUCAUCGUCCUCAUCAUCAGCACGCUGCUGCUCGUCAUCAUCAGAGUUCAGGUCAUUCAGUCCCAGCUUCCCGUCUUCACUAGAUUUGACAACCCAGCAGCAGUCAGCUCCACUCCUUCUAGACAACUGACAUUCAACUACCUCCUUCCUGUGAACGCUUGGCUUUUACUCAACCCUUCAGAGCUCUGCUGUGACUGGACUAUGGGCACCAUUCCCCUCAUUGACUCGGUUCUAGACCUCCGGAACCUGGCCACCCUGGCGUUCUACACUUUACUGGGACUGCUUGCCCACCACAGCCUGCGCUAUAGACACAACUCUGCCAAGGCUGUCAUGAUGGCUUUGUCCUUCAUGGUCCUGCCCUUUAUUCCAGCGUCUAAUCUCUUCUUUCCGGUGGGGUUUGUUGUGGCGGAGAGAGUUCUCUAUGUGCCCAGUAUGGGAUUCUGUGUUCUUAUCGCACAGGGAUUCAAGAUCAUCUCAAAUAUAGGACAAAUGAAGAAGAUUUCUUGGUUGAUGAUUGGAGUGUUGUUAACCACUCAUGCAGUGAAAACAUUCAACAGAAACUGGGACUGGGAGUCAGAAUACACUCUGUUCACAUCUGCCCUGAAGGUUAACAAGAAUAAUGCCAAGUUGUGGAAUAAUGUUGGGCACGCUCUGGAGAACCAGAACAGUUACGAAAGAGCACUAAAGUAUUUUCUCCAGGCCACUCGUGUCCAGCCAGAUGAUAUAGGUGCUCACAUGAAUGUUGGAAGAACCUACAAGAACUUGAACCGCUCCAAAGAGGCAGAAGAAGCUUACCUGGUUGCCAAAUCCUUAAUGCCACAGGUUAUUCCAGGUAAGAAGUAUGCAACGCGCGUGGCCCCUAACCAUCUUAACGUUUACAUAAACCUUGCGAACCUGAUCCGGGCCAACGACUCCCGGCUGGAAGAGGCCGACCAGCUCUACAGGCAAGCCAUCAGCAUGAGACCAGACUUCAAACAAGCCUACAUCAGCAGAGGGGAGCUGCUCUUAAAGAUGAACAAGCUGACAGACGCUCGGGAUGCCUACCUCAGAGCCUUGGAUCUCGAUCGCACCAAUGCAGAUCUGUGGUACAACCUGGCUAUUGUCAACAUUGAGAUGAAGGACCCAGCGGAGGCCCUGAAGAACUUCAACCACGCCCUGGAGCUCAGCCCUCGCCACAAGCUGGCUCUCUUCAACUCAGCGCUUCUCAUGCAGGAAUCUGGUGAGCCAAAGUUCUGGCCUGAGGCCAACCGACGCUUCCUCAUGUAUGUGGAGGAGGAGCCAAACGACGCCAAUGGUUACUUCAACCUGGGCAUGCUAGCCAUGGACGCCAAUGAAAACGCUGCAGCUGAACGUUGGAUGCGUAAAGCCAUCAGUCUGCAGGCCGGCUUCCGCAGUGCCCUUUUCAACCUGGCGCUGCUGUACUCUCAGAACAAGCGAGAGACGGACGCUCUGCCGGUGCUGGACGAGCUGCUACAGCACCAUCCAGAACACAUCAAAGGCCUGAUCCUGAAGGGGGACAUCCUCAUGAACCACAAAAAGGACACCAGAGGAGCUAAAACUUGUUUUGAGCGCAUUUUGAGCAUGGAUCCCACCAACGUUCAGGGCAAGCACAAUUUAUGUGUGGUCUACUUUGAGGAGCGAGACCUACCCCGGGCUGAGCGUUGCUUAGAGGAGACACUGGCUCUUGCACCCAACGAGGAGUACGUGCGCCGCCACUUGAGCAUUGUACGCAAUAAAAUGGCUGCCAUGAGCGCAGCAGGACACGCUCUUUCUUCAGAAAAGGGAGCAUCGGUCUCCUCCGCUAAGGAGGAAAAGCCACAGGGUGUGAAGGAAGCGGCUGACGAGACUGCUGUGGGUGUAAAGGAAGGGAGGAGUGCCGAGGCUGUUGGGAAGGCAGCUAAAGGGGAGAAGAAUGCACGGAAAUCCUCCGGUGGGGCGGCAGACCAGUCAGAACCUUCAGAUGGUAGCCAGACGGGCAAGAGGACUACGUACAAGUCCACUAAAGAUAUAAAAGAUAUAGAGGAAAAAAGGGCAGCUGCCCUAAAGAGACUAGAGGAGAUUGAGCGUAUAUUAAGUAAUGAUUGACAAAUCUUCAAGUUUUCAUUUGAUUAUUUAAUGCUCCUAAACCUGCUUAGAAACACGUAUUUCUAAUAUUUUCUGUCUCAAUGUGCUCACACUGGCAGGCUGCCUGUUUUGUUUUUAACCCAAGAAGGGAGGAAGUUUUGCUUUCGACUUUUACAAAAGAAGCACAAAGCCAGAUUGGGAUUACAUCUUGAAAUCUCAAGGCACACGAGAGGGAUCUCAACAUCUGAAUUUGGAUAUGACAUAUCUGCAGUGGAAGAGAUGUGUGCUUAUUGUUUGUCACUGGAUUUUGUUUUGGUUUAAACAACAUGUGAGUCACUCUACUGUUAUUGUUUUUUAAAAAUGGAAUGAUUGUAUUGUGAACAAUUCCAGGAAACGACACGUUGCCUGGAUUUCCUCUAGACAGCAGUUUGAGGCUGUAAAUAAAUACCACCCCCUCCACCUCACCAGCCUAUGUUCCGUUAUAGCGCUUGAUGUGUAUGGACUUCAUUCUGAACCCAUCAACAGUGUUAUCUCACUCACUUUGUCCCUCCAUUCAGCUCACAUCUACUCUUUGUUCUCAAGACUGCAGCCUUCUGAGGCGUUUUCUGGAUAUCACUUGGACCAGUCAUCUUACAAGACCGUAACGAUGACGGCGCCUUCUUCACGUUUCCAUGUCCUUCAUCACACUCCCAAAUGACAAUGCUGUGUCUUACUGUAUCUGAAGCAACUCUGAAAUGUUUCUACUUUUUGUAGCAAAUUGUUUUUUCUUAAUCAACACACAUUUCUCGACAGUUAACUCACUACGAAACAUGAAAAAGUUAUUCAUUAAAAAAGAAUUUUCAAACUUUACAUUUUCUCCUGCUUGUCUAUUUCUCAGACAUUUGCUCUCUUUUUAUGACCAUAAAGCUCUACAGUUGUUUGGACUUUCAACCAUGUCUCUGCUGUGAAUAAGAGUGAAGGAGAUGGCCAAAGCAUUUUCUGCUCUGCAGCCAUCAAUGAGACCCCUGGUAGUCGUAACCUGUGCAUCAGCCACCAUGUCAUUUUGGCUGGGAGACACUCGGAUUCAUCGGAUUCUUCAAUAUAAAUUAGGCAGAAUUGUGUUUCCGAGCAUGCUUCUGGUCAUGUCUUCAGAGCUCCCAUGACCCUUUGCUUGUUUUCCCUCCAUAUUUGUUCCACACUGCAGCUCUCCAUAGAGGAGCUGAACAGAGACAGGCUGAUUACUGCACAUUAGGGACUUCAGUGAGGUACUAUCAUUGACUGUAAAAUCAGUAUUUUGCAUACAGUCAAUGGGUACUAUGCAUCGACCUUGACUGGGCAGGAAAACAUUUUGUAGGUAUAUUUUCAAACUUUUAUACCGUUUUAUUUAUUACUUUUAUACUCUAUGUAUGACUAAUUCUAGAAAUAUGCACAUAUAAGUAUUUAAGACUUGUGAUGGUAUAUUUUAACCCUUUAACAACAGAGCUCUAGUGUUUAUGUUCUUUGAUUUACAAUAACUUUUCAACUUUUCUCCUUCAGAAUCUGCUGGAAUUACGUGUUAACGGUUGAAAAAUUUACAGUACGUUAAAGUUUGUGGUAAAGGGUUAAAUUAUUUUGGGUAGUGUUUUUUCAUAUUUUAUUUUCUGUGAAAGAUUCAAUGUUGAUGUUAAACUCUGACUAUUAAAGGCUGGGAAAGUGG